GAAAUUUUGACAGCAACGUCUGCAAACGGACACUCCACCUAUUUACAAAUGUCCGAACGAUCAGCUGAGCAAAGCUUAUACGAGAAAUCCACGAUCAAAGUGCAGGGUAAUAGCUCGAUACAGCCAGUUACAAAUAUAACUUUAGCGGAAAUGACCUCAGGCGACCCCGUUGGUACCCCUAACUCAAACACCGAGAGAUUUGCAACCAAUGUUCAAGCUGCUUUGAGCGAGAAAGAGAAUCAGCCAGCGUACAAGGAUUGCUUACCUUGCAAAUUGACUGGUGCAGCUGCCUUUACAGGAAUUGGGGGUUAUGCGUUAAAUGAGGCACGCAAAAUUCGUCGCAUACCUUCGAAGCAAGGAACAGCCGUCGGCUUCGGCGUUACAGGAGUCCUGUUUAUUUCUGCUGGAUUAUACAGAUUGAUCAUAUAAUAAAACGUUUGUGCCAUUGUAAAUAUUUCAACAGCCAUUUUUAGUUUGUCAAAAAAAAAAUGAUAU